CUUGAAUUAAGAGGAGUCUCUUUCCACGCAUUCGGUGUAGGUAGCCAGUUACCAGCACAAAAAAAGGAGACGGGAGACAUGAGCGGCCCUAAGCCCCGAACCGAAAUGCCAGGCAACGUUAACGGCCCGGACACCGACCCAGCAUCUGCAGGUCCUACUAGAGACCGAAAGCCUGCGGGAGGGGUGCUGAAGAGACUCAAGUCCCGGCGAAACCAACCGGAUAGACGGCCUGUUACGGAAGACGAGCUUCGGGCGCUUGGGAGAGACAUCACUCCAGACGAAGUUCUGGGUCUGCGGGCUGUCACUCGCGAUUACUUGUGUAAACCUGAGGACAACAUCUACAACAUUGACUUCACGCGCUUCAAGAUCAGAGACCUGGAGACGGGGACAGUGCUGUUUGAGAUUGCCAAACCUCCCAACUGCGAGCCAGAGGAGAAUGACGAAGAGAACGGAGAGGCAGACUCCAGCGCCGGGCGCUUUGUCCGUUACCAGUUCACACCCGCCUUCCUUCGUCUGCGCACCGUAGGCGCCACUGUGGAGUUCACUGUGGGCGACCGGCCAGUAAACAGCUUCCGAAUGAUUGAGAGGCACUACUUCAGAGAACGCCUCCUGAAGAACUUCGACUUCGACUUUGGCUUCUGCAUCCCCAACAGUCGCAACACCUGCGAGCACAUAUAUGAGUUUCCCCAGCUUCCCGAGGACCUCAUUCGUCAGAUGGUGGAGAACCCUUAUGAGACCCGAUCAGACAGCUUCUAUUUCGUGGACAACAAACUCAUCAUGCACAACAAAGCAGACUACGCCUACAACGGGGGCCAGUAGUGCCGGGGAUGGAGGGGGGGGGGACGGGGGGGAUUGAGAGGCGCAUGAGCAGCACAGCGCAACGGAAGGCCACACCCGCCGCUCAGAACACACCCUGCGGAACCCGGAACUCGCGCGUAUGACUUCAGACAUUCCAGUAAGCCUUACCACUCCACACCAAGGUCUGGGGAUCAGCACAUUUAAAAAAAAAAGACAGUUUGGGUUUUUUUCUUUUCCACCCAGUUAUAGUUUGUUGGAGUUCUCUUUUUUUUGCUGUUUGCUUGCCUCUGAGGGCACACAGAGUAAACUUAACUCUCAGUGUCUAUCUCAUCAUGUUUCUCGGUAAUGUAUUCCUUUUCAGGCCUUUUUUAACUUGUGAAUCAGUCCAGUACUUAAAAACACUCUACAUGCCUUGCACCUCCAAAAAAAAGCUAUGAUGCGUGGGUCACAUGGCCGUUGUCAUAGCCCAAGCUGCCUUGCCUGGCCUCACAGGAGUAUAGUGGCGGUAAUUAUAAUAAUGACGGUAAUGAUCAUGAUAAUUCCCUGCCUCUACAGAGGGCUGUUUGUCAGAUGCUUUACAAAGACGACAGGAGCCACACAUGUAGCAGAUACCGUAGUGAUGCACGACAGCCAUUGUGCCGCAUCAGCAAGGAUUACUGUAGCCAGUUAAAACUGGGGAGAUGGUUAGGUGGUCAGCAGUUUAGGCAAGGAACUUGCUCUCCGACUCUUUGUGCUAUGAGGUGGUUAACGAUCACGGAAAGUCAAGGUCCUCCCUGCAUUAUCCCAAAGACAAGUGCUUCCUACAGCAGUGUGUCCGUUUCUUAUCUGAAACCCGUUGGCUUUCCGCCAGAUCAUUGCUCUUACUCCCCCAUUCCAAGAAGGAGAAAGUGGUUUGUUGACCAUGGAAGUGUUGUCCAUGGGGAAGACAAAAGUCGGAAACUAGCAUUCGUGUCAGUUCAGGUCCAGUUCAGGUAUUCAUUUUGUGGUCUUGACUUGUAGCAAGACUUGGCUGAUAUAGCCCAGUUCUGCUUUGCUUGAUUGCAUUUGUGGCCGCAGGGCCUACUGCUAUCAAAAAAGCGUUCCUUUUUUGUUAAUUCCGUUACAUGAAGAGUGAUUCAAACUUCUAUUGUGCAUAUGUUAGGCAGCACACAGUUCUGAUCACACCUCUCAAAAAGCCCUUGAUCUCCCCAGCUAAAGCUUACUGGCUGUGAGGUAGAAACAUUUUAAGAAUAUUGUGUUAGCUGUGCAGUCCAUGCUAAAAUAACUGACUGAUGCCACAUUUUCUGGCAAAACUAUUUCCGCAUUAAAUGUUUUUCUUUUUCCCAACACAAAUUACAGUCUGAAAAACAUACCGAAAAAGAAAACAUUUUAUGGGAGAGAAUGCUACUUAUUAGCAAUUAAUUUGGUUUUCUGCUGAAAUGUUGCUGUAUGUUUUAAAGGACCUACAAAUUCAGUACAUGCCAGGUGGUUGAGAGGAAGUACGACUUUGAGGGGGGAAGAAAGGAAAUGGAGUGGGCCAGAAGAGAAAACUAAAUUUGGUGUGAAUGAGUUGCAGUAGGAAGGGGAGUUGGUAUGAGAGAAACUACACAUGCUGGGACAAUUCUCUAAAGCCCAAAGACCACAAAUCCUUCUCAUCUGUAUUUCUCUAGACUGUGGAAGAGCCAACAGGAACUGAUUUACUUAGGCUUUGGUGGAGGCACUGGCAAAUCAAGCCAAGAAAAAGUUUAUUUUCAGUAGAGUUAAAGACAUGGAUACUGCUUCUGUCACUGUUAUAUACAUGGCCACAGACCCUUAAACACUGUCAUGUACAAACACACAGAAACACACACUCAGUUUGAUAUAGACACCCACUCAUUCAGCAUUAAUCACAGAGUACAGUCCAUGUACAGAAGGCCUUUGUGCGUCUCUGGCUGUAACGCAAGUGUCCUCCUUGUCAAAGCCAGCUGUCCGUCACUGUGCCUUGGGUCACUGCUUCAGUACAUCCCUUGUUUCCUCCCUCCAGUGCACGCACUCAAUGUCAAAUGCAUGUGCACUCUUUUCCCUCUCUAGAAUGCACAUGCAGACAAUGCUCUACUUCAGUGAAACAAAAUUGGAGUGCCUGAGGAUCUUCACCAAGCCCAGUCUGGGGAAAAUCCUUAUUUAACUCCUGAUCUGGGACUGAAUCACACACUGAGGCAUGUACCUUGGCCAAAUGUGUGAUUUAGUCCCAGAUCAAGGGCUGUGAGUGUGAAAAAUGCCCCACAAAUACUCUGGGUCAAGAGCUCAGUAGUAAUUAUCAGAAUGCUUAAUUCCUGAACCAGCUUUGAGGGUAAAUAUUUAAACUUCUGCCUUUUUUUAACCAUUCCCAUAAUUUCUCUGAGUGGGUUGCAAGGAAAUUGUGUUUGCUCCCGUCCGUCUCAACUUGACUCUGUAGAAAGCUGAGGGAACUUCUGGCACAGGAAUGCUGUCAGUGCUAAGAAUGCGUGAUUUGAAGUGCUCUUUUGUGCAUUCUCUUGACAUAGAUGGUGAAUACAUACUGUAUGUAGACUGCGGUGGGAAGCCUUAGCCCUCAAAGGUUGCUCUGUCUUACAGCCUUCAUGAAAUCCCCUCCAUUAGCAGGAUUCAUGGCCACAUGUUUAGUGUGUUGGGGGGGGGGCAGGGUUGCAGCCCUGCAGUGGCAUCUUGUCAAGGGGAUGUUUCCUGUAAAUAAUGCUUCUUUCUUGAGAAAUCUGGAUGACCUCUGACCCUGUGGGCUCAGACAAGGUGUCCAUGUCUAUUCAGCAGCUGGUUUUCCUAGAGAUAGGACAGUUUAUCACUCCAGAAUCAAGCAAUUCAAGCCUAAGAUUGCCUGAUGACCAGACAUGAUCAUGCUUGCCCACCAUUACUUGAUAUAGCAGCACACGCUAGUGGUUGACUGAUGAAACAGCUGACCAAUGUUAUACAUUCGUAUUAGUAUCUUUCAGGGCACUGCAAAUGUUUGCUAGUUGUGAAUGUUCAGUUGGUCAAGGAAACUGUUACAAACCAUUGAAAUUAGACCUGCCCAUAAAUAUGUAAUUGAUAAGUUCAGUAUCCGGUAAAUUUGUGUCAGUCGUGAGAAAACCCACAUUGGUUGACUACACCACACGGUUUUGAUGAUGGAAAAUACAACAUGGCUCCUGACUGGUGAGCUGAAAGGAAUGGUUUUUGUAUAAUUGCGCUUAGACAGUUUUUGAAUGGCACCUUUUUAUGAACACUAAUGACGGCAUUAACAAACUAUUGUUUAAAGGCUGCUGAUGUUACUUUGAUGUCUUUUUUUUUUAAACAUCGAAUUGCUUGUUGGCUUGUAACUGAUAAUGUGUAAACUGGAACCCACUUGGUUUAUACAAGGUUUUUUUUUUGUUUUCAUUUAAUUGUACUAUUAUCAUGUUGUUUGUUGAAACAUUCUUUAAAAAAAAACCCAAGCAGGGCCCAGUUUGAACAGAAAUAAAGGAAAUUCACCGAAUGAAGGAAUCGUCCACAUUCGCUGAGAAGAGUUCUUGCCUUUUUAAACUCAUUUUUCAGGGACUUUAGACUUGAUGCUAGCUACUGCUAUCAUG